AUGCCGAGCCUGGACACACCCAACACCGCAAGAGGUACCGCUCGACAGCCUUCAGGUGAAGCCGGGGCAUCAAGAGAAAAAGCUGGAGAUACGCGAGUCCAUGAAACAAUAUCCAGCGACUCCGAGCCAGACUCUGAGAAGGAAACAUCCGAAGGAGCCACGGCAUUGCAGUCCUCGUUGACCACCUAUCUGGAGCAGAUGUUCUCCAAGAAGCUUGACGCCAUGCAAUCUAUGGUAGAAAGGCUCCCCGGGGUGGCACCUCUGAUUCAGAAAAGUAAUCUCGAUUCUUACGCUGAUACUCCUUUCACAGACAACAUUGCCCUGAUCGAGAUGCCGAGAAAGUUCUCCUUCCCCAACAUAAAGAUGUAUGACGGCACUGGCGACCCAGACGACUACAUCGCUCAAUAUAAACAAAGGAUGCUAGCUGUAGCACUCCCAAGGGAGUUCCACGAGGCCACCAUGUGCAAAGGAUUCGGCUCAACCCUGAUCGGACCCGCGUUGAAAUGGUACAUUAAUCUACCCAUCGGAUCCAUAUCUUCGUUCGCAACUCUUAGCGAUGGGUUCGUGGAGCAGUUCGUAAGUAGCCGAAACCUGGAGAAAACCUUGGACAGCCUCUAUGAAAUUCUCCAGCAUCGGGUCGAAACCCUUCGCGAUUACAUAGCUCGCUUCAAUCAGGAAAAGGUAUCGAUUCCUGAAUGCAACGUCACCACAGCAAUCUCAGCCUUUAAAAGAGGCAUGCUCCCAGACGGGGAUCUCUACAAGGAACUGACCAAGUAUCAGUGUAAAACUAUGGAAGACGUAUUAUCCCGAGCCUGGGCCCAGGUAAAAUGGGAGGAAGACGUCGCAAGCCGCACUAGGACUCAGCAGAAACAAGCAACCAAGCAAGACCGGAGUGAUCGAGACGAGAGGUCCUCCCAGAAACCCACGAAAGACCAAGAGGGCAGGAACCGGGGCAGGUACAUGAGCCGUCCACUCGAGAGAGCGGAAGGGAUGUCGGUGUCUACCUGGCCAGAUAUGUCACAUUUGUCUAUAUCCCAACCAGAGCUAAUCAACGCCCUAAGGCAGAUGGGUCAACAGGUUAAAUGGCCCCCGAAGAUGAGGGCACCUGAUUCCUUCCGGAACCCCGACCUCUGGUGUGAGUUCCAUCGUGACCAUGGUCACAAGACAGAGGAUUGCGUCGUACUGAAGAUCAAAGUCAACGAACUACUCCAGAAGGGAUACCUUCAGGAGUUCCUCUCAGAAAAGGCGAAGAACCUCCUAAGCAAGGAGACACCCAGGAAAUCUGCUGAAACCAAGCCCGCGUCACCACCUCGAUAG